CAACACAGCACAUCCACUGUCGUGGGGGGAAAGAACCCAAGUCACUUCCUGGUGGUGAUGUCACAGGUCCCGGACAUUCCAGGUAUCCGGGAGACCAAGGCUGGGAAAGCUGAAGACCUUCCAGGGACGGGCCUCCUCCUGUGACUGGAGGGACCAUGGCAGCGAAUAGGGGAGUAGAGACCUUCUUAUCUGUCUUCCUGCUGUGCUGCUGGCGAGGAACUGAUCUACAGCCAGUCAACAAAACUUCAGGUCCAGUUACUGACGACUCACUCAAUUCAACAAAUGAAGAGAUGCCUGAAGUGUUUGAUGAAAUUAUUGCCCAAGAGAUUUUGGAGCCAAACACAUCAGCAUCGAAUGAAACACCAACAACAAAACGAACAACCCGAACAACAAAACCAACCAAGGAAAAAAAUUCUGGUAUUGAUGAUAACUACCAAGAAGAUGGCUCUGAGAAUUACCAUGAAGUAGUAGAGAACUCAGAACUCUCGUCUCUGAACAAGGAGAAAUUCGAAAGUAAUGACAGAAGCACUGCUGAGAACCUUCAUGACCACAAGCUUGAGCCACACUUUUCUUCUGAAGAAAAGAAGAGUUCAAGCAGUGAUACUUUUGGGAAAGUGUCUGUUCUGGACAGAAUCCUUCAGAACAUAGGAAGACCUGAAGGUGGCCUGGAUCUGACAGGCAAGUGGCCCCUAAUACACAGGUCCCCUGCUGGACUGGGGUGAGGUAAGAAUGCCACU